CGAUGGGGCAACAACAAAGGUAAAAGCACGAUAUGCAAUGGACGUGUGGUGUGUUCUGGAGGCGCGGGGCGAGUUGAGGCUGAAUGAUGUUUUGUACGACAGUUUUGAUUGCGGAAAGGCAUGGGUGAUUGGCGGGAACGACGCAACAGGGAGUACGGCGUGCCACGAGAGCGAUGAAAGGAGGGAUCCUAGGUGGGGCUGGGUGCCAUGUGUGAUCCCGAUUCCAUGUGGUCGUGUGAGGAUGAUGAUGCGUGAUGCCAUGGGAAAUGUCUGGAGCUUGCAUUAUGUGAAUGGCAACUUCUCCUUCAGUCACCUCGACAGGGAGGUUUCAGAAGACGAGAAGAAGGCAAUGACAUGUAAUACCCACACUGUUGGCUGCUUUUUCCCGCCGCUUCGGAACCUUGUGGACUUGGAGGUGGUUGAAGGGAAAGUUUUCACUGGUGAGGAUGGCAGCACAUACACGCAUGCAAGAGGGCAGGAAGCCACGUACGAUGGAGUAUGCUCGCAGAUAUGGGACCAUGUCACAAUGAGGAGUGACGUUCUGUCUGCCAUGGACAUUGGGGCCCGUGUCAUCCCUGAAGGACAGUUGCAGCAGCAUAUGGCCCCUGAAAAGUAUGGUUAUCGUGUCAAUUGGGUCCCAGGAUGCUUGCAUCCUGCAGUGGUUGAUGGCAAGGUGACGAUGGCAGCAAGACUACAACUAGCGCAUUGGUUCCCAUUGGGAUGGAUGCAUGCAGGCAUUGUGGAGCAUUGGCAGUUCCUCGUGGUUCUGACACGUGUCUCAAUUUUCAAUUUGAAUGUAAAGGACCACGUCCUAGUGGUUGAACACUCAAAGCGGUGUUGGGAGAGGAUAAGGGAGGAGGAGCGUCAGAUGGUGUGCACGGGUUAUGACUCCAUGGCUGACCAGGGGAUGUGGUCCAUGAUUGAGGGGAGUUGCACGGCCCAAGAGCACGGUGACGGUGAGAAGAGAUACAUGGCUCGCAUUCGCCGCAGGCACGGUUGCACGACCGUUCUUGGUUGGGUCCUGGUCGUAUGUCCCAUGACAUAUGAGCAUGGUGGAGACGUCACCAUGAGAUUCAGAGACCCGCUUGGUGUGCCUUUCCAUCGGACCUACUCAGAUGGACUCCUGCGAGACAUUCGGUACAUGCCGGAGGAUGGCUUGCUUGGUUCAACGCAGGCAGGCAAGAGGACAAAGAAGCGCUCAGAAAUUUCUCGUUUGUCUGUUGAGGUGGAGGGCCCGUGUGGUCCUGGUCGCGUCGGGGGGUGCUCUGCAGCACAGGGUGACGUGGGCGGGCCGAGCGAUGUCACGAUGUCGCAGAGCCCGGGGAAGAAGAAGAAAUGCACGCCGGGACCUCCACGUGGGCAGAUGCCCGCAGGCAGAAAGAAGGUGAGCCCGAAGGCGGUGCUAGGGACCGAAGACACCACAGGUGUACGAACUCAGAGAGAAGAGGACGAAAGACAAACCGUACGCAUCAUGUCGAUGUCAGUAGCACAAGUGGAGGCUGCUCUUGCAGAGGCAAUGAAGUAUGCAAAGGAGGGCGUCCACUACAACGGUGACAGCGAGUUGUCUUUGCUUCAGGACAGGGUGUCGAGGUACUUCAUAGUCGCUGUGGAUAUGAGAUCCACAAUCAUGGCAAACGGCGAGGGCUGUGUCAAAGCACGAAUACUCUUGCAACGCUUCAGAGAGUCACCACAUGUACAUGUGGACAACGAUGUGGAAGACAGUGCAUACAGUCUAAAAGGAAUGGUCCAGUGGAACUGCAGCGAAGGGAUGUGCGAAGAAGAAGACGUGGAUAUGACAAUGCAGCACACAGGGGGGACAUAUACACCUGCGAACUUGGGCAAGUUGCUGGACACUAUCGCACGGAAUGGGGGAACUUGAAUGCUGGUUGAUGGGUUGAAGGACGAGUUGAAAAGUGGUGAUGCAGAAAUAUUGGUGUUGUUCAGAAUGAAGGACAUUACACAAA